AGCGCGAGCUGUAUGUGGUUGUGUAUGCUGUAGCUAAGGGUUUUAUUUUUUCUUUUUCUUUUAAAAUCCCUCAGCCUAAUUUAUAAAGUGUGGAAAACUUCAGCAUGUCGGUGGCUUUCGCGCCUCAUAGACAACGCGGAAAGGGUGAUAUAACACCCGCGGGUAUCCAGAAGCUACUGGAUGAAAAUAAUCAGCUGAUUCAGUGCAUCAUGGAUUUCCAGAGCAAAGGGAAAACAGCAGAAUGUUCACAUUACCAGCAGAUGCUUCACAGAAAUUUGGUCUACUUGGCCACGAUAGCAGACUCCAACCAGAACAUGCAGUCGCUCCUCCCGGCUCCCCCUACACAGAACAUGGGCAUGUCAGGAGGCAUGAAUCAGAGCGGUGCGCCCCCACAGCCCCCCCACGGCCACACCAUGCCCACGGACGGCCCGCCCUCUGGCCCACACAUGCAGAACCAGAUGAACGGCCAGAUGCCUGGACCAAACCACAUGCCCAUGCAGGGCCCAGGGCCCAACCAGCCUCCCAGCAUGCCGAGCGGCACCAUGAACAUGCCUCCGAGCAGCCACGGCUCCAUGGGCGCCUACAACCACGCCGUUCCCUCCUCCCAGGGCCUUAGCAGCCAGGGCCAGAUGAACAUGAGCCAGGGCCAGCCGAUGGGCAGCUACGGUCCCAGACCCAGCAUGAACCUGCAGCCCAACCAAGGUCCUAUGAUGCACCAGCAGCCUCCAUCACAGCAGUACAACAUGCCCCCUGGUGGCGGCGGGCAGCACUACCAGGGACAGCAGAACCCCAUGGGCAUGAUGGGACAGGGCAACCAUGUGAUUGGACAGAGGCCCAUGCCUCCUUACAGACCACCUCAGCAGGGGCCGCCGCAGCAGUACCCUGGCCAGGAGGAUUACUACGGCGAACAGUACAGCCACGGGGGCCAGGGAGCACCUGAGGGAAACUCUCAGUACAGUCAGCAGCAGGAAGCCUAUCAGCAAGGCCCCCCUCAGCCCCAGGGCUACCCCGCACAGCAGCAGUACCCCGCACAGCAGGGCUACCCGGGCCAGCAGCAAGGCUAUGGGCCUUCUCAAGGUGGUCCUGGACAGUACCCUAAUUACCCCCAAGGUCAAGGGCAGCAGUACGGAGCGUACAGACCACCUCAGCCUGGUCCUCCACAAGGCCAGCCGCAGCGCUCAUACGGUUAUGACCAGGGGCACAUGAGGAAAUAACGGGCCGAGUAUUUCAACCCCUGACUAGAUGUUUAAGAAGCAAAGGCUCAAUAUGGCAACUACCAGCAGUAAACGAGAGGCGCUCUUCUUCUUCCUGUCCGAGCGUCCGCGUUGCGCUUCACGUCUUUCUGGACCUGCGGAAGGGCUGCGCCUCUCUGAGACUCCCACUCCCCUUUUCUAAAUUACGAAGAGAUGGAUCCCUCCUCAGCUUCUUUCUCUCUCUCUCUCACACACACA